AUGUUUUUCUCAUCUAGAGGUAACAAUGAAAAUUAUUUUAAAUUAAUUAAAGCUAGGGUGGAAACAUUAUUUACAACAUGUGGCGAAAAUGAUUAUAAUGUACGAUUCACUGCCGAUGAAAAUCUUAAUCAACUUGUUAAAAAUUUAAAAGGAGCAGUGUUAACAAGAAUUCAAGUUGAAUUACAUCGAAUUAUAAAUCAUAAUCCUAAUGUUGAACCAAAUGCUUUAAAAGAUCAAUUACUUGAACAUCAAAAUCAAAAUGCUAGUACACAUUUAAUAAUUGAUUAUCUUGAUUUAAUAAAAAAUCUUAUUCAAUUACUUGGUUAUUCAGAUUUAUUUGAUUUUGAUCAAUUAUUAAUUUCAACCCAAAUUGGAUCUAUAGAAGAAAUUCGUGUUAGUGAAGCCUUAAAAACAGGAAUUGAAUUAUUGAAAGAUUCUAUUCAACAUACUACAAGUUCCUGUACUCUUGCUCAAGUUAGUCUAGCUCAAUUUAUAGAUGAUAUUGAUUUUCGAAUAUUAACUUAUCUUGAACAACAACAAUUAAAACAACAGUACCCUGAUAUACGUGUUCGUCAAGCAACUGCUUCGACUUUUGCUAAGUAUGUAUUUUGUAGAGAUAUUAACUAGGUAGCUUUUUUUCGAAUUUGAAUGAAUAAGUCGAUUUUAUUGCAUGUUAGUUAUUAGCUACUUUUUGAUUUUAAGGUUUUGUUGAUCACAAUUCAUUUUUACCAUGUCAAUGGAUAUAUAAAAUUCAUCAUUCAUUACAAGCUCAAGCAUCAACUGGAAUACAAAUUGCUUGUUAUUUUUGUCUUGUAUAUAGGUUGUAUGUUUAGAAGAUAUUUAUGUUCUUUCAAAUGUUUUAUGAACAACAACAAUUCGACCAAUUUUUUCAUAAUCAAUAUCAUGAACUUCGUUUAUUUAUAAUUUUUUUUAAACAUCCCUUUAUAUUAUAUGAUCUUAAUAAUUUAAUCUUUUCAAGU